GAAUAUUAGAAGACAGUAUCGCGCGUUUGUAUUUUCGUAUAUAAGCUUAUUCUUAUUUUAGACACUUUUAUUGGCGUGAAUUAACACUUAGGCUAUUUUCACUCAACACUGAAGGGUAAUUCAGAAGUGUUUGUCUACAUCUGCGAUUUCCGCUCUGAACUCUAUCAAAUUUACUGAUAUUCAGUCAGUUAUCUGUAACAAAGCGUCUAGGUUACGAUUAUUUGUGAAAUAUCAGGGGUUCUAAAUAUCCUUUAGAUAAAUUGGUUUUACGCACAGACGAAUAAUUUCAAAUGUUCUACACGUGUAUACUCAAGAGAAUGUCACAAGUCUAUACAACUUAAUUUAAUUGACAGAAUUUCUUUACAUGUUAUUUUAUAAACAUGAAUAAUUUUCAAAAGUUCUUGUUAACUUUCGGUGGAUUUAUUUCAUACAUGUUGGCUGAUGGAUAUACAUACUCAAUGGGUAUAUUAUAUUCGGAGCUCAUGAAUGCUUUCCAUCUUAGCAGCGUUGAAACUGCCACAUUGCCCGGAAUGAUUUUUGCAAUGCCUCAGUUUUUUGCGCCCUUUCUAUGUCCACUGCUUGAUACCUAUGGAUUGUCAUCAGGUUCCGCGUGGGGUGCUUUUUUAAUGUGGAUUGGAUGCUUCGUUUCCGCAUUUGCGAACAAUUUCCAUGUUUUAUACUUGACUCUGGGUAUAUUGACUAGUAUUGGACUUCAGUUGACAUAUUUAUCCGCAUUGAUGUCGGUUACUGCUCGAUUCGAAAAUAGUUCAUUUUUCGGUCUAGCCAUAGGAUUCACUAUGUGCGGUUCAGGUGUUGGUGCAUUUGCAUCGAAUUACCUCCUUGCUUGGCUUUUAAGUAUCUGGAAUUGGCGUGAGGUAUUAUUGAUCGAAUCCGCCAUCAUUUUGAAUAUUUUGGUUGCAGCAUCGUGUUUUCAUCAUUUAGAUGCAGAAAUAAAUGAAAAAGCAUUGGUAAAACAUGAGCUGAAUCAUCCUGAUGAUAUAGAGGAUACAAAUCAUCAGAACAAGUAUUCGUCCGAAGUAAAUCUUGCCACCGAUUGUCUAAUUACUAAAUAUUGUUGGAAUUCAAUUCGAUUUUGUCUAUGCAUUCCAUCAUUAUUCCGUUUUCGAAAAUAUCGUUUCAUUUCAAUUAAUUCAAAUAUUGUAAGCAUCAAUGCGGAAAAUAGCCAUCAUCAUAUUAUUAAUAAAAAAGGAAUGAAUAAAACAAAAUUUUCAAAUAGAUUAUUAACAUUUGGAUGUCCACAAUGUUUACAAGCAUUCAGUUUAAAUUUUAAAAAGUUAUUUUCACCGAAACUAUGGAAAAAUUCUAAUUUCUUAUUUUAUGUCAUAGCUAAUGGUUUAGCUGGUGCUGGAGUUGUCAUCCCAUGGACAUUUAUUUAUGAUCAUGUUUUAACUAGUCUGUCUAAUUUGAAUGAUCAAAAUUUAAUAGGUGAUGUAAAUAAUAAAGAUAUUUCAUGGCUUCCAUCGUUAAUUGGAUUUGGUUUGUUAUUUGGUCAAUUGUUUUACGGUCUAAUAACUUCUCAGUUUGGUGACAUUGGCGCUUGCUGUAAAAACUACAAUCAGCAUUGUAGCUUUGGAAAUGAUGGCUCUUGUUAUCGAUUGAAUUGUUGUCGAUCCCCCAUCAUUACAAAAUGUUCAUUGUCAAAAUAUCGAUUUCAUUUAGUAGUCUUCUUAAUGACACUUCUUUUAAAUAGCGCAUGUACACUAACUAUGGCUUUAGUCCCACUACAAUCGAUUCGAAGUGAAUCAAAGUAUUUCGACCUAUUCUCAUAUCAAGAAGGAAAAUUGUUAGCGUUGGCUUGUUUCUUUGUUGGCGUAUCGAAUGGUGGAUUAUACGUUAUGUUUCCGCAGUUAAUUAUUGACAUUGUUGGUACAGAAUUAUGGUCUCCUGGACUUGGUUUAUUUCUAACUUUUAAUGGUAUCAUGAAUUUGUGUGGAACCAAUAUUGGAGGUAAAAUAUAUGACGCUAGAGGUUCAUAUCAAAUAGCACUUCUAGUUGCCGCCUUUCUACCGCUAAUUGCUUUUCUUCUUGUGGUCAUAAAAGAGUUGAUUACAUCGGUAAUCGAAAGUUAUACAAUUUCUGUGGAUUCUGAUUCAUUACAAGAAGAAGUUUAAGUGUGCUAUUAUCCGAAUUAGGAGUUUCAUUAAUUUGUUCUUGAAAUCUCUCGUUUUGCAGCAUGUUGUAUAGUAGUAGUUCACUAGUAAACUGUUUAAAGAUAACUUCAGUAAAUUAUUUCAAGUUUUUAUUUUUAGUUACUCAUUUAUGUUCAGAAUAAAUAAUACUUAAUAUUACCAUUUUCACUGUGA